GCUGACUGGGCGGGGUUUCGGCGAUUUCAGGUGCUCGGGUCGAGCGCUGCCUGGCUGGGGAAUGGCGGGGAGGGGUAAACUAAUCGCGGUGAUUGGAGACGAGGACACGGUGACUGGCUUCCUGCUGGGCGGCAUUGGGGAGCUUAACAAGAACCGCCACCCUAAUUUCCUGGUGGUGGAGAAGGAUACCACCAUCAAUGAGAUCGAAGACACCUUCCGGCAGUUUCUAAACCGGGACGACAUUGGCAUCAUCCUCAUCAACCAGUACAUUGCAGAAAUGGUACGGCAUGCCCUUGACGCGCACCAGCGCUCCAUUCCAGCGGUGCUGGAGAUUCCAUCCAAGGAGCACCCCUAUGACGCAGCCAAAGACUCCAUCCUACGCAGGGCCAAGGGCAUGUUCACUGCUGAAGACCUGCGCUAGGGACCCCCUCGGUCCCUCACCCCUCACCAGUUCUCUCCUGGCUUGCCAUCAAAGUUUCAAGUCCCUGGUCUCCAAUUCCCACCCCUUCCUGCUCCGUUGAGAAGGCUGGGUGAGGUGCUUCUAGAUGGCUGGGGUUUUACCAUAAAAAUCCAGUUUGGUUAGGGGACAGGAAACCCAACCAUCUUCUCUCUCCACUACCUCUGUCCCAUGCUGUUACACAGUGUCACUGUUGCUAUUAAAGUAAUGCCCUUGCUUCUGUCCAAA